CAAACAGAACUCCCUCCAUUGUCUACAUCCUUUUUAGUCACCACUGCACAUCACUUCUCCACCGACCACUCUACUCUACUCCUCCAGAGUACUGAAACCAGCAAACAAAACCCACAAAAAAGAGAAGGAAAUGCACCAAACCCCCACCGCGACAAUCACAAACCACCCCUUCCCAACACAAUGCCCUUAACCCACGCGCUUCUCUUCCUUACUCUCACUCUCACUCUCCCCACCCUUCUCGCCGCCGCCGCCGCAGGAUUCCUUACUCCGCCGCUAGAGAGCCUCCUCCGGCCAUCCGACGCCGUUUCGCUGAUCACCUUCAAGUCCAAGGCCGACCUCGACAACAAGCUCCUCUACGUCCUCAACGAGCGCUUCGACUACUGCCAAUGGCGGGGCGUCAAGUGCGCCCAGGGCCGCGUCGUCCGCCUCGUCCUUCAAGGCUAUGGCCUCCGCGGCGUCUUCCCUCCCGACUCGCUCACUCGCCUCGACCAGCUCCGAGUCCUCAGCCUCAACAACAACUCGCUCUCCGGCCCCAUCCCCGACCUCUCCCCUCUCGUCAACCUCAAAUCCCUUUUUCUUGAUCGCAACUCUUUUUCCGGCGCUUUUCCGCCGUCGAUUCUCACCCUCCACCGCCUUCUCACCCUUGAUCUCUCCUUCAACAACUUCUCCGGUCCGAUUCCGGCUGGGAUCACGGCCCUCGACCGGCUCAACUCGCUCCGACUCCAGUGGAACCGUUUUAACGGAACUCUCCCGCCGCUUAACCAGUCCUUGCUCUUUGUCUUCAACGUCUCCCGUAACAACCUCACCGGAGCCGUUCCGGUCACGCCGUCGCUCUCGCGGUUUGGAGCGUCGUCGUUUCUGUGGAACCCCGGCCUUUGCGGCGAGGUCCUCAACAAGGCGUGCAGCUCGCCGGCUCCGUUCUUCGACUCGCCGAACGUGACCGGUCCGCCGUCGUCUCAGCCGCUGGUUCAGAGCGCGGAAUCGCAGAGCGUGGUUCUGUCUCCGCCGUCUCCGAAAAAUCACAAGAAGACUGGACUAAUUCUAGGGAUUUCGAUAGCCGUAGCGAUCCUAAUCACGGCCUUCCUGUGCAUGUUUACUGUGAUCAGAACCCUAACUUCCCAAAACCGAGCUCCGAAACCGGCAAUGGAGUUCACCGAGACGGCAGAAAGUAAUAGCGUCAAUAACAACAACAAUUACACUGCUUCGGAAACGCGAAUUGGAGAAAUUAACGAAUCGGAUACGAAGGCGAUUGAAGAAAGUCGCCGAGUUCACCAGAGCGGGGAUUUGGUGUUCUGCGCAGGGGAGUCUCAGCUGUACGGCUUGGAGCAGCUGAUGAGGGCGUCGGCGGAGCUGCUCGGGAGAGGGACGAUCGGGACGACGUACAAGGCGGUGCUGGAUAAUCAGCUUAUCGUGACGGUGAAGCGGCUCGACGCCGGGAAGACGGCGGUGACCGGAGGCGACGGGUUCGAGAGGCAUAUGGAGGCGGUGGGUAGGCUUCGACACCCAAAUUUGGUUCUAAUAAGGGCUUAUUUUCAGGCCAAGGGAGAGAGGCUCGUCAUCUAUGAUUACCAACCCAAUGGAAGCCUCUUCAAUCUCAUUCAUGGUUCGAGAUCAACAAGAGCAAAGCCUCUUCAUUGGACUUCAUGCUUAAAGAUAGCAGAAGAUGUUGCACAAGGGCUUGCAUAUAUCCACCAAGUGUCGAGGCUAAUCCAUGGAAACCUUAAAUCAAGCAAUGUCCUUUUGGGGAGCGACUUUGAGGCUUGCCUUACGGACUAUAGCCUUGCAAUCCUUGCAGACACGUCUGCUAAUGAUGAUCCCGACUCUGCAGGGUACAAAGCACCCGAAACCCGAAAAUCUAACCGUCGGGCCACUGCCAAGUCUGAUGUCUACGCUUUUGGCAUCCUCUUGUUGGAGCUCUUGACAAGUAAACACCCAUCGCAACACCCGUUCCUCUUGCCCACAGACGUGCCGGACUGGGUCAGAGCCACGAGGGAAGAUGAUGUUGGGGAAGAUGGUCAGCUCCGAAUGCUUACUGAGGUUGCUUGUAUUUGUAGUUUGACGUCGCCGGAACAGAGGCCGGCAAUGUGGCAAGUUUUGAAGAUGAUACAGGAGAUUAAAGAGAGUGUUAUGACUGAUCACAAUUCAUACGCUGGAUAUUCAUAGUUACUGGAAUUCAGGGAAGAAAAUUAUGGGAGGUGGCGUCAAUUGUAUAUCUGGGUAGGUGUUAAACGAAGAGAAAAUAAGCAUUUUUAUGAGCAAGUUUCUGUGGGGCUGAGUUUGAACAACUUGUUUAUGGCCAAGCUUAAGGAAUUCUUUUCCUGUGAUUCAUUCCGUUUACACGACCAAACCAUUGUAACGAUCUAUAUAAGGCUUUUUUUCUGUAUGAGGUUG